GUGCCUCCGGAGCAGGAAGCUCGCGCCGCCGCUCUGCUCCCCGGGGCGCGUCCAGGACCCGCCGCGCCAGGCGCGCCAUCCCCGGACCCGGCGUGCGUCCCCACGAGGACAGUGACCCCGCCGCUCGAGCCGCCCCUCCGCCCCGCUUCCUGCCACCGUCGCCACCCUCGGCGAGGGGCCCAGGAGAGAGCCGAGUCUGCCCUCGCCCCCGGCCCGCCGCCCUCUCGCCGCUUUGCGCGCCAUGGACGCCCCGGAGCCGCAGCCGGACCCCGACGGCGGGGACGCCCCGGGCCACGAGCCUGGAGGCGGUUCUCAAGACGAGUUCGACUUCUCCAUCCUCUUCGAUUAUGACUAUUUGAAUCCUAUCGAAGAAGAACCGAAUGCACAUAAGGUCGCCAGCCCACCCUCCGGACCCGACGAUGUACUGGACUAUGGCCUCAAGCCAUACAGCCCCCUAGCCAGUCUCUCUGGCGAGCCCCCCGGCCGAUUGGGAGAGCCGGAUAGGGUAGGGCCCCAGAGCUUUCUGAGCCCGGCCAAGCCAGCGGGGGCCUCGGGCCUGAGCCCGCGCAUCGAGAUCACUCCAUCCCACGAACUGAUACAGGCAGGGGGCCCCUUCCGCGUGAGAGACACUGGCCUCCUGGUGGAGCAGCCGCCCCCGCCGGGGGUGGCCGCCAGCCCGAGGUUCACGCUGCCCGUGCCCGGCUUCGAGGGCUACCGCGAGCCGCUUUGCUUGAGCCCCGCUAGCAGCGGCUCCUCUGCCAGCUUCAUUUCCGACACCUUCUCCCCCUACACCUCGCCCUGCGUCUCGCCCAAUAACGGCGGGCCCGACGACCUGUGUCCCCAGUUUCAAAACAUCCCCGCUCAUUAUUCCCCCAGAACCUCGCCAAUAAUGUCACCUCGAACCGGCCUCGCUGAGGACAGCUGCCUGGGCCGCCACUCGCCCGUGCCCCGUCCGGCCUCCCGCUCCUCGUCGCCUGGUGCCAAGCGGAGGCAUUCGUGCGCCGGGGCCUUGGUUGCCCCGCUGCCGGGAGCCUCACCCCAGCGCUCGCGGAGCCCCUCGCCACAGCCCCGGGACGACGGCGCCCCCGCCGGGUACCCCCCCGCGGCUGGCUCUGCCGUCCUCAUGGAUGCCCUGAACAGCCUCGCCGCCGACUCGUCCUGUGGGAUCCCUCCCAAGAUGUGGAAGACCAGCCCUGACCCGUCGCCCGUGUCUGCUGCCCCACCCAAGGCCGGCCUGCCGCGCCACAUCUACCCGGCCGUGGAGUUCCUGGGGCCCUGCGAGCAGGAGGAGAGGAGGAACUCGGCCCCGGAGUCCAUCCUGCUGGUACCGCCAACUUGGCCCAAGCAGCUGGUGCCUGCCAUUCCUAUCUGCAGCAUCCCAGUGACUGCAUCCCUCCCUCCUCUUGAGUGGCCGCUCUCCCACCAGUCAGGCUCCUAUGAGCUGCGGAUUGAAGUGCAGCCCAAGCCACAUCACCGGGCCCACUACGAGACAGAAGGUAGCCGAGGAGCUGUCAAAGCUCCAACUGGUGGCCACCCUGUGGUUCAGCUCCAUGGCUACAUGGAAAACAAGCCCCUGGGGCUUCAGAUCUUCAUCGGGACGGCUGACGAGCGGAUCCUUAAGCCCCACGCCUUCUAUCAAGUGCACCGAAUCACGGGGAAAACUGUCACCACCACCAGCUAUGAGAAGAUCGUGGGCAACACCAAAGUCCUGGAGAUUCCGCUGGAGCCAAAAAACAACAUGAGGGCCACCAUCGACUGCGCGGGGAUCCUGAAGCUGAGGAACGCGGACAUCGAGCUGCGGAAAGGCGAGACCGACAUUGGGAGAAAGAACACGCGCGUGAGGCUGGUUUUCCGGGUGCACAUUCCAGAGGCCAGCGGAAGGAUCAUCUCCCUGCAGACGGCCUCUAACCCCAUUGAGUGCUCCCAGCGGUCCGCCCACGAGCUGCCCAUGGUGGAAAGACAAGACAUCGACAGCUGCCUGGUCUACGGGGGCCAGCAGAUGAUCCUCACGGGGCAGAACUUCACGGCCGAGUCCAAAGUCGUGUUCACCGAGAAGACCACAGAUGGGCAGCAGAUUUGGGAGAUGGAGGCCACGGUGGAUAAAGACAAGAGCCAGCCCAACAUGCUUUUUGUGGAGAUCCCCGAGUAUCGGAACAAGCACAUUCGGGCAUCGGUGAAGGUGAACUUCUACGUCAUCAACGGGAAAAGAAAACGAAGUCAGCCUCAGCACUUUACCUACCACCCAGUCCCAGCCAUCAAGACAGAGCCCACUGACGAGUAUGACCCCACUUUGAUCUGCAGCCCCGCCCACGGGGGCCUGGGGAGCCAGCCUUACUACCCACAGCACCCAAUGGUGGCUGAGUCCCCUUCCUGCCUCGUGGCCACCAUGGCUCCCUGCCAGCAAUUCCGCUCAGGGCUCUCGUCCCCCGACGCCCGCUACCAGCAGCAGAACCCAGCGGCCGUCCUCUACCAGCGGAGCAAGAGCCUGAGCCCCAGCCUGCUGGGCUACCAGCAGCCGGCCCUCAUGGCCACCCCACUGGCCCUCGCGGAUGCCCACCGCUCCGUGCUGGUGCACACCGGCUCCCAGGGCCAGAGCUCGGCCCUGCUCCACUCCGGUCCGGCCAACCAGCAGGCCUCACCCGUGAUCCACUACUCACCCACCAACCAGCAGCUGCGCUGUGGGAGCCACCAGGAGUUCCAGCACAUCAUGUACUGCGAGAACUUCGCACCCGGCACCACCAGGCCCGGCCCACCCCCUGUCAGUCAAGGUCAGAGGCUGAGCCCCGGGUCCUACCCCACGGUCAUUCAGCAGCAGAAUGCCACAAACCAAAGAGCCGCCAAAAAUGGACCCCCAGUCAGUGACCAAAAGGAAGUAUUACCCUCGGGCGUGACGAUCAAACAGGAGCAGAACUUGGACCAGACCUACUUGGAUGAUGAGCUGAUAGACACACACCUUAGCUGGAUACAAAACAUAUUAUGAAACAGAAUGACUGUGAUCUUUGAUCCGAGAAAUCAAAGUUAAAGUCAAUGAAAUUAUCAGGAAGGAGUUUUCAGGACCUCCCGCCCGGACUCAGACGUAGAAGCAGCCAUCAGCAAGACACCGUCCACAGCCGCCCCCCGAGCCUUCUCCCCAUCCCCCCGCCCUCCCUGGGGUCCACCUCCUGGCCCGGAGGCCACGCGGGACCACGCACGUACUGACCACGAGCCACCUCCCCGUGCAGGAGCACCACCUCUCUCUGCAGACGCCAGAGAGCCCCCUGCAUGCUGAGUUCUGUUCUGAAUCCCCAAGAGCAUCCUGGUUGACUUCACGGGUGUCCCAUCUGAUCCUCAAGUGCCUGCUGACCCCAAAUGCACUCUGCACAAGACUGCUGCCGCCGGCACGUGCCUGAGAGUAGACAGCCUGUGGGGGGCGGGGGGGCGGGGAGGGGGCGCUGCGAUUGCCCCCCAGCCCCUCGGCUUCAUCUCUUCAGGCCCCGCUGUCCUCGUACGCUUUGAAGGAAAGGAGUUCUCCGACGGAGCCACCCAAGGAACGUGACCCAGCUUCCCGGCUGAUGAAAACCAGAGAAGCCGGCCGGUCCUCCAUCGGGAUCGCCUGGUCCACAGCCUGAUUUAAAAGGGUCUGAUUCAGACGCAAAAACUGACCGACUCCGACAAGAUCACCUGUUACAAUUUCUCAGCCUUAAGUUAUGACAUGUGUAUGCUUUUUUUUUUUCUUCUCUGCUUCCAAGAGCUGGCCCGGGGUGGGGGCGCUGGAUGCCCUCCCCCCGCCCCGGCCCCGCACCCCUGCAGCGCCUGGUCUCGGCCUGGAGGUCACAGGCUCCCGUCACUGGGCGAACCCCAGUCUGCUGCCGCCCAACAGGCUCCCUGGCUUUUUGAUGCUCCCGCUUUCUAACAGCCAGAACGCUUCUCCAGAAGCAGUGAAGUAUCUCAAGCUUGUGCAUUGACUUUUGAGAAGAAAUGGCAGAAGGACUAAAGCCACCGAAAUAAGUAGAACAAUAAGUGCAGGUACUUUUGCUAAGUGAAAUAGUUAAGCAGUGUGGCAGUUGGCGGGCCCAAGUGUUUCCGUGGGUAGGUUCCCGCCCCCCGCCAGGGAAGAGGGCGGAAGUCCCUUUCGGGCCUAGACUCAAAGCGGUCAAGCUCAGGAUCUGACCCCAAAGGUGACGGGUUAUUUUCACCAGAACCCAUGUAACGCCCCCCCCACCACCACCUCCUCGGCCUCAACGACACAUCUGCAUUCGCUGCUUCAAACAACACAAAAAGGGACCCCAAGAGAAGCAGACCCACUCACGCCCAGCCCUCAGUGGGAAGCGCUCCGCUCAGACCGCUUGUCUGGGACGCGUGAUUUUUCUCCCAGCGCUUCACUCUGUGGAGCGCACCUGUGACCCACGAGCGUCUUCCUCCUUUGGUGCAAUUUUUACAGAUAGAUAAAAGCCUCUCAGUUCCUGGCAGGUGAGUUUUUAUCACACAGAUGUGUUUACAUUUCUUGUGGACACCCCAGGAGCAGCCGGGGACUCCUUUUUAGCUAUUUAAUUGCUUCCCUAGUAAUCAGCACAGAGUGUAAAUAGCCCUAGCCUCUCCAAAAGGCUGUACUUAGGCCUCCUCUUCCUGCUAAGAAGAGAAUCGCGGCAGCUAAGGGCCCACUGUGGAUUUUCUAUGCCCUGGCUUUCUCAUCACCCAGAGGUACAACCUUCCCGAGACCUGGGCUGGGAACUUGGGCCCUGGGGACCCCAGCUCCCGGGAGAGGGCCGAAUGUCCAGGCUGCGGCCUUGGCAGCCAUGUGUAUGUAACCUUUUGGUCAUUUCUUUUCCCCCAACACCAGGGGACUUUUCUGCCCACCCCAAGCCGAGUUUAGCACAAUUCUUUUAAAUGAGCAGAAUGCCAGUAAGAAGCUGACCGCCACACAAAGCUUCUUAGAAUCCUUGCUCCUUAAUCAAAAGUCCUUUAUACAAGCAGCUUUACCUAAAGAACUUUCUCUCCAGCCAUACUGACUUCGCGGGGGAAGGGUUAAAGUGUUUGGUGAGCGAUCUGUUCUCACUUGACCUGGCUAGGAGCCAUUUUUUGCACAUGAGGGAAUUUGGCCUUUCCUCAGUUAUCUGAAUGUUUUACCCAAGCGCCUUCCUGCUAUUGUAGCAAAGUUGCUCAGCUUCAUUGUGCAUGGGGUGAAAACGGACUAACGCAUUUUCCAUCACUCUUCUAACCGUGUUAGUGCAAAGGGCCUCCUAGUAGUUCAAAUUCCUGUACGUAUAUAUGUACGUGUGUGUGUGCGUGUGUGUAUAAUACACUCACGAGCUCUUGUUCUAAGACAUCCAGCUGGAUAUUAUAGGAAGCACUUUUAUAAACAACUAUACCAAAUAGCAAAGGAAAGAGAAAAGCAUUAGUUUGGAGACAAACAGGCCAAAGAACGUGUGUGAAGACUCGGACAGCAAUCGAGAAAGUUUUGUCAGUUACCCAUGCCAGGAGGAGGUUUUGCCAAGAGUAAACUGCUCAUGAAAUAUUUUCAGGAUGAGAAGAGGCAAUAGGUCCUCAGAGAGAAAGACAAUAAGGAUGUGUGAACUAUUGAUGGGUGUGUUGCACGUGGGUUAGAAGGAUCUAUUAGGUGGAGGUUUGCACUUGCUAGGGCCAAGGUCAUGUAAAUAUGUAGCACUUCUGACAGACACCUAGCCUGUUGCUGAAUGUAGUAUAUUUCCAAAGUUUGCAAGUCUUCCUGUAUUGUACAAAAAUACUGCUGCUUGAUAAUAUAUAAUAGCGACCCAAAUUCAUUCGUAUGUUAUUAAAUUUUAUUUUCUUAUCUGUAUUUUUAUGCUUUUUCAUCUGUCUCAAAAUACCGCAUCCUUAUUGGAAUUAGAAGAUAUUUAUAAGUGGUCAGAAAUCUUUGUCAAGUGCCUCUUUUUACAUAUUGGUGGAUGAUUUUUUCCCUAAGAGAAAAGGAUGUAUUCUUAGAAAUUUGUUAAUCAUUCCAGAAAAAAACCAAAAAACCAAAAUCCCACCUCAGAGCCUGUUGCCCACCUGUCUCCCAAAAGAAUGCAUCUCCAGAGAAACGAUGGGGGCGGGGAGACGGGGCGGGGGGGGGGCUCUGCAGAGCAAGAAAGCACCUGUUUGUGAUUUGAGGGUGCUGCCGACCUCAGCUUCGCGUCUCCAUCAUGUCACUGAGGAGAAGUGGAAAGUGUUUAGAUGCCCCCAAUAAGUGACCUAGUCGGUGACUUUGAGCUAACAAACCCGCCUUGCUGUGGUGGGGGAUUUAACACAGUUCAUGUUCACGGAACAGGUGUGCACCUCGGCAUUUACGGAACUGACCGAGUCCUGGCGGGUACACCGCCAUAUGCAUUACCCAAAGGACAUCCAGAGUUUUCCAGCAAAGACCCAGCCUAGAGGAGUCAAGUCCAUUCCCUCUCAGAACUGGGAGGCACUGGUGUGGCCUCUCUUGAUGACAUCCAGUGGCCAAGCCAGCCCUCUCAGGAAGCCAGCCUUGGCCUGUGCCGGAGCUGUCAGGUACAGACAGAUGGGAAGCGGACGUGUUCUCAUUUGUUGCUCCGGACUAGAGGGAGGCUGAGUCUGUUUGUUUUCAUGUCAGACCCUUUCCAAGUGCUUUCUUUGUUCGGAAUCAAAAGAGUGUCAGGGGUCUGGUGAACGACUUUGUUCGCUUUACGUUUACAAGAGGCGCGGGGGUUGUGACAUUGACAAGCUGGGGUAAACCUCCCUGAACUCCCUUUUGGAGGGCCAGCUCCUCAGCCGGCACCCAAAGCAUCGUAACCCUGAAUCUUCCAAGCUUGGGGCUUGUGCAUUAAAUCUCCUGGAGCCAAACAAGCCAGUCCAAGUGGUUUCCCUGUUUUCCAACUAAACGUUUGAGAAAAAUCCACAUCACUCGAAACUGAUCACACGCAUCAGUUUCUCUCAGCUUUCAAGAGUGCAUUGAGUUAUAGCCAACAUCACAGUCUUGACUCAGUUUAAAAACCAACUUUUUUGGUGAUUGGGGAGCUAGUGGUGUUCCCUAAGCCGGCCCCUCUGAAAAUGAGCUGGGGCGUUGGGUGCUGGAAGAAAGGUUUAACAGCCUGCCCUUACGCAGUUGGCUAACUAAAAUAAACUCUGCCUGCCUGGUUCAGGCUUUGGGUACAAAUGUUGCUGUUCCUAUUAGCAGGUGUUUUCAGCACUCUGACUGGCCUGAGCAGAUGGGGGCUGUCGCAGGGACAAGCUAAGCAUCCUGACACACGCCUUGUCAAAAACCUCACUUACCCCUGUCGCCUCUACAGCCCCCCGAGGGGAGAAAAGGUUGAGAGGGUCCUUGCUCGUUCUCCAGCAAACAAGUCUCUCCCAUGCGGUGGCGCUGGAAGGCUUAGGUUUUGAAAAUCUUGACUGUUAAAAACGGAGUUUGAAUACAUCACAUUCCUAUGCAAAACGUUUUAAAUCUCCAGUUUAAUGUAGUUUAUUUUUGCUAUAUGUAAAGUAUUUUUAUACGGCUUGUAUCAUGAUAGUUUAGCAAUAAAACAGUUGAAAGCA